GCCUCCCAUCAGUCUCAUCCCCCAGGCCUCCCAUCAGUCUCAGCCCCCAGGCCUCCCAUCAGUCUCAUCCCCCAGGCCUCCCAUCAGUCUCAUCCCCCAGGCCUCCCAUCAGUCUCAUCCCCCAGGCCUCCGAUCAGUCUCAAUCCCCAGGCCUCCCAUCAGUCUCAUCCCCCAGGCCUCCCAUCAGUCUCAGCCCCCAGGCCUCCCAUCAGUCUCAUCCGCCCAGGCCUCCCAAUUAGUCUCAGCCCCCAGGCCUCCCAUCAGUCUCAUCCCCCAGGCCUCCCAUCAGACUCAUCCCCCAGGCCUCCAUUUAGUCUCAUCCCCCAGGCCUCCCAUCAGUCUCAUCCUCCAGGCCUCCCAUCAGUCUCAUCCUCCAGGCCUCCCAUCAGUCUCAUCCUCCAGGCCUCCCAUCAGUCUCAGCCCCAGGCCUCCCAUCGAGUCUCAGCCCCAGGCCUCCCAUCAGUCUCAUCCUCCAGGCCUCCCAUCAGUCUCAUCCCCCAGGCCUCCAUCAGUCUCAUCCUCCAGGCCUUCCAUCAGUCUCAUCCCCCAGGCCUCCCAUCAGUCUCAUCCUCCAGGCCUCCAUAGUCUCAGCCCCCAGGCUCCAUCAGCCUCAGCUAGGCCUUCCAUCAGUCUCAUCCCCCAGGCCUCCCAUCAGUCUCAUCCCCAGGCCUCCAUCAGUCAUCCCCAGGCCUCCAUCAGUCUCAUCCCCAGGCCUCCCAUCAGUCUCAUCCCCCAGGCCUCCCAUCAGUCUCAGCCCCCAGGCCUCCCAUCAGUCUCAUCCCCCAGGCCUCCAUCAGUCUCAGUCCCCAGGCCUCCCAUCAGUCUCAUCCCCCAGGCCUCCCAUCAGCCUCCAAUUAGUCUCAACCUCCAGGCCUCCCAUCAGUCUCAUCCCCCAGGCCUCCAUCAGUCUCAGCCCCCAGGCCUCCAUCAGGCUCAGCCCCAGGCCUCCCAUCAGUCUCAGCCCCAGGCCUCCCAUCAGUCUCAUCCCCCAGGCCUCCCAUCAGUCUCAUCCCCCAGGCCUCCCAUCAGUCUCAUCCCCCAGGCUCUCCCAUCAGUCUCAGCCUCCAGGCCUCCCAUCAGUCUCAUCCCCAGGCCUCCAUCAGUCUCAGCCCCUAGGCCUCCCAUCAGUCUCAUCCCCCAGGCCUCCCAUCAGUCUCAUCCCCAGGCCUCCAAUCAGUCUCAGUCCCCAGGCCUCCAUCAGUCUCAUCCCCAGGCCUCCCAUCAGUCUCAUCCCCCAGGCCUCCAUCAGUCUCAUCCCCAGGCCUCCAUCAGUCUCAUCCCCAGGCCUCCUAUCAGUCUCAGCCCCCAGGCCUCCCAUCAGUCUCAUCCCCCAGGCCUCCCAUCAGUCUCAUCCUCCAGGCCUCCCAUCAGUCUCAGCCCCAGGCCUCCCAUCAGUCUCAUCCCCAGGCCUCCCAUCAGUCUCAUCCCCCAGGCCUUCCAUCAGUCUCAUCCCCCAGGCCUCCCAUCAGUCUCAUCCCCCAGGCCUCCCAUCAGUCUCAUCCCCCAGGCCUCCAAUCAGUCUCAGCCCCCAGGCCUCCCAUCAGUCUCAUCCCCCAGGCCUCCCAUCAGUCUCAGCCCCCAGGCCUCCCAUCAGUCUCAGCCCCCAGGCCUCCCAUCAGUCUCUAACAUCAG